UAUAAUGUAUUGUUCUUAUAAUAUUUUUAAAAUUGUCAAUGUUAUGGGAGAAAUAUAUCUUCCUGGAGUUCAUAUGGAAGGUAAAUGACACCAAAAUAAAUCUACUCCAAUGGAGAAAUCACAGACAUAAGAAAAAAAAUCUAAGUUUUAUCAUUGUGCUUUAAUAUAAUUUCUUAGAGAAAAAAAGUAAACCAGAAUCCAUUUUAGGAUUCUAACAAGGCCUUUUAUAGACAAAAUUCCAUCAGUGACAGGGAAAUUAGGGUUAGAGUUAGAGAUGGAAUUAGAGUUGGAGAAGAAAUCAUAUUAUAUUCCUCUUAGAUCAUAAAGAUUAAAGAAAAGACAGGUUCAUACCCUUGAUUCCUUCAAUAUCAUAAAAAUUGAAAAACAUCAUUGAUCUGAGUUGGAACCUCAUACAUCCUUCAUGGAAAUAAACCUAGUUAAACAGAUUCUUUUUUAAACCCUUACCUUCUGUCUUAGAGAAAGAAUGACCUUUAGUUCUAAAUAAUAAAAAUUAAUAAAAGGAAAUAAUUUUUAAAAAAUUUCCAUCGCAUCAGGAAAAGCAAAGGGAAUAGAAUAUUUUAGUUUAAUUGUAUUUUCUAGUUAAUUGUUUAUUAAGGAAAACCCUCUUUCUCUCAUCCUUUACAGCAGUAGUCUUUCUAAAGUGUAGAAGCAUCAUAUACAAGUCAAAUAUAAAAAAAAGUUUUUAAGAACCACUUGAAUUACACAAAGCAAGUAAUCAUUACAAUUUCUUUGAGAUUCAGACAUCCUUUGCCAACUUUGUGAGAAUUUUUUAAGGUCUUUUAACCAAAGAUAGGGCUGUCAAUUGUAUUUUCUGUUUUUUUUUCCAUUUUACCCAGUAGCUAAAAGGAUUCACUUUUUAAAACUGAAAUUUCACAGUUCUAUCUAAUAUGCUUUAUUUACUGAAAUCAUUCUUUGUAUAAAGGUUGUUGAUGGAUUUUGUCAGCAUUAAAAAUUUAAUCACUUUUUACUUCACCUGGUAAUUACAAAACAGGAGAAAAUUCAUUUUUAAAAUAAAAUCUCAUUCUGCAAAUUUCAACAGAUCUACUUUAUAAUAAUACUUUAUAGGCCUAAAAGAAUAUUAUACAAAUAAAAAAUAUUGGUUGUAAUGAACUAGUAAUUAAUAUGAUUAAUUCACCUUUUGAUUAAGUGACUUCUGGAUUUAGUAAAUAAAGAUCAAUCAGGGCUUCUGUUUAAAUAUUUAAUCACUAAGAAUGUAAGUUGUAGUUAGAAGUUGUUUUCCAGUCCCAAGAUAAAUUCCAUAUAGGCAAAUUUUUUGGAUUUGUAGUUGAGCAUCUGAAGGUUGGAGGGCUAUCUAAUAUGUUGGAUGACAGUAUCACUAUUUUUAGAGGGAGGAAACAGGUAUAUAAAGGGAAUUGAGACACUUGAACUGGAAUUGAAAUCCUAAAUUCAAUGACAACAAUAUAAAUCCAGUGUAAAUUGUGACCUUCCAGAGGCUAUGAGGGAAAUUACUAGCUUAGUAAAAACAUACAAAUAUAUUGAAAAAGACUUCUGAAUAAUAAAAAGUAUCAAUAAUCCUUAAAAUGUACGAUGCACACUAUUUCCAAAAAGAUGUUGGAAAUGGAUUUAUUCUCCUGGUCAUACUUUGACUUACCAUUGGGCAUAGUCAUUUGAAUCCCCACUUUCCAAAUGAGAAAGAACAAAGAGUAAAUGAGGGAACAUAGAUUUAGAACAAGAGGGUACCUUAGAAGUCUAGUCUGAGGCACAGCCAAGAUGGUGGCAUAGUAGCAGGAAACUUUUGAAUCCCAUUCCAACAGGUCAGUAACAACUGAUCAUUACAAAGCAUCUCAAAAGGAUAGAAAUCAAAACUGGACAAGUAAAGGGGCUCUCCCACAGGACACAUUAUUAAAGGUGAGCAGUGAGUGGGGACUCCCAUGCAAUAAGGGGACAAAACUGCACUAAUCAAAGCACAAGCUGAAAACCCUUCACCCAUACCACCUUCUGAGCCAGAGUUAGAGUGGAGACCCAGGCAAUCUCUAAAUUCUCAGGGUCUGGCUGAAAGCACCACAGACUUACCCCAAAGGGCAAUGCAAAGUACUUUGAUUGGUGCUUUCCAGCCCCUGCUGCCUUGACUGUGGCCAGCCAUGUUCCUACCCAAGCUCCACAUUUUUCAGCCUCAAGUCUUACUGCACAACAAAUGAAAAAUCCCCAGAUAAAAACUAAAUUGGAAAUCCUAAAAACCAAAGGAGAAAUUAAUAAAAUUGAAAUUAAAAGAAUUAUUGAACUAAUAAGACUAGGAGCUGGUAUUUUGAAAAGAAAACAAUUAAAAUAGAUAAAGUAUUGCUUAAUUUAAUUUAGAAAAAGAAAGAAGAGAACCACAUAACCAGUAUCAUUAAUGAAAAGAGCGAUCUUACCUCUAAUAAAGAACAAAUUAAGGCAAUUAUUAAGAGCUAUUUUGCCCAAUUGUAUGACAGUAAAUAUGGCAAUCUAGAUGAAAUGGAUGAAUAUUUAUAAAAAUAUAAGGUGCCUAAGUUAACAGAAGAGGAAAUAGAAUACUUAAUUAAUCUCAUAUCAGAAAAAGAAAUUGAACAAGCCAUCAAAUAACUCCCUAAGGAAAAAACCACCAGGGCCAGAUGGAUUCACAAGUGAAUUCUAUCAAACAUUUAAAGAUCAAUUAUCCUAAUACUCUACAAACUAUAUGACAAAAUAGACAAAGAAGGAAUCUUACCAAAUUCUUUUUAUGGUACCAUAUUUGUAUGGUACUGAUUCCCAAGCCAGGAAAACCAAAAACAGAGAAGGAAAACUAUAGACCAAUGUUCUUAAUGAACAUAGACGUAAAAAUAUUAAAUAAAAUACUAACUAAAAGGUUACAGCAAGUUAUAACAAGGAUUAUUCACUGUGACCAGGUUGAUUUAUACCAGGAAUUCAAGGAUAGUUUAAUAUUAGGAAAAUCAUCCACAUAGUUGACCACAUCAUGAUAAUCUCAAUAGAUGCAGAAAAACCCUUUAACAAAAUACAACAUCCAUUCCUAUUGAAAACACUAGAAAACAGGACUAAAAGGGCCUUUCCUUAAAAUAACAAACAUUAUUUAUUUAAAACCAUCAGCAAAUAUCAUCUGCAAUAGGGAUAAUUUAGAUACCUUCCCAAUAAGAUCAGGAGUAAAGCAGGGAUGCCCAUUAUCACCACUACUAUUUAAUAUUGUACUAGAAAUAUUACCAAUAGCAAUUAGAGAAGAAAAUGAAAUUGAAAGGAUCAAGGUAGGCAAUGAGGAAACUAAACUAUCACUCUUUGCAGAUGACAUGAUCGUAUACCUAGAAAAUCCAAGAAAAUCAAAUAAAAAGCUAGUAAAAAUCAUCAAUAACUUUAGCAAAGUUGCAUGGUACAAAAUAAACCCACAUAAAUCAUCAGCAUUCUUAUAUGUUUCUAACAAAACUCAGUUUUUUUAAAUCACUCUAGACAUAUAAAAUAUUUAGGAAUCAAUCUGCCAAGACAAAUACAGGAAUUCUAUGAACACAACUAUAAAACACUUUUCACACGAUUAAAACUAGAUAUAAACAAUUGUAAAAACAUUAAUUGCUCCUGGUUAGGAUGAGCUAAUAAAAUAAAAUUUACAAUCCUACUUAAUUAAUUUACUUAUUCAGUGCCAUACCUAUCAAACCAAAAGAAACUUUUUUGUAGAAUUAGAAAAAAUAUCAUCUAGAAGAACAAAAUAUCAAAAAUAUCAAGGGAACUAAUGGGAAAAAAUGUGGAGGGAGGCCUAGCAUUACUAGAUCUUAAACUAUACUAUAAAGCCAUGAUCAUCAAAACUACAUGGUACUGGCUUAGAGAUAGAAGGGUGGAUCAAUGAAAUAGAUUUGGGAUAAAUGACAGUAGCAAGAUAGUGUACAAUAAGCCCAAAAGAUCUCAGCUUUUGGGACAAGACCCCGCCUUUUGACAAAAACUACUGGGAGAGUUGGAAAAUGGUAUGGGAGAAAUUAAGUUUAAAUCAACAUCUUACACCCUAUAUGCCAAGAGUAAUUCAGAAUGGGUAAAUGUCCCAAAUAUAAAGAAGGAAAUCAUAAAAAAAAUUAGGUGAACAUAGAAUAGCAUACCUGUCAGAUCUAUGGGAAAGGAAGGAAUUUAAGACCAAGCAGGAGAUAGGAAAAAUUACAAAAUAUAAAAUAAAUCAUUUUGAUUAUAUUAAAAGAUUUCUGCACAAACAAAAUCAAUGUAACCAAAAUUAGAAGGGAAGCAACAAAUUUGGAAAACAUGUUUAUAACAAAAACCUCUGACAAAAAAGAUCUCACUUAGGUUCAUAAGGAGCUAAGUCAAUUGUACAAAAAAAAAUUAAGCCAUUCCCCAGUUGCCACAUGAUUAAGGAAUAUGAACCGGCAGUUUUCAGAUAAAGAAAUCAAAACUAUCAAUAAACACAUGAAACAGUGUUACAAAUCCCUCCUAAUUAGAGAAAUGCAAAUCAAAACAAUGCUGAGGUACCACUUCACAUCUAGAAAAUUGGCCAAUAUGACAGUAAAGGAAAAUAAUAAAUGUUGGGGGGGGGGUGGCAAAAUUGGGACACUAAUGCAUUGCUGGUGGAAUUGUGAAUUAAUCCAACCAUUCUGGAAGAUAAUGUGAAAUUAUGCACAAAGGACUUUAAAAGAAUUCAUACCCUUUGAUCCAACAAUACCACUACUAGGUUUUUACCCCAAAGAGAUAAUAAGGAAAAAUACUUGUACAAAGUUAUUCAUAGCUGUAUUCUUUGUGGUGGCAAAAAACUGGAAAAUGAAGAGUUGUCCCUAGAUUGGGGAAUGGCUAUGGUAUAUGAUGAUGAUGGAAUACUAUUGUGCUAAAUAAAUGAUGAUCUAGAGUAUUUUAAUAUUAACUUGAAAAACCUCAAUGAACUGAUGUAGAGUAAAAUUAGCAGAACCAUGAGAACAUUGUACCCAGAAUGUAAAACAUUGUGGAGCGAUCCGGUGUAAUUGACUUUACUUCAAAUAGCAAGCCAGGGCACUCCUGAAGGACUUAUAGGAACGAAUUCUAACCACAUUGAGAGAAAGAACUAUGGAAGUAGAAAUACAAAAGCAAAAUAUAUGACAUUACUUAUCACAUGUACAUAUGAGUAUGUGAUUUGGGACUUUGGCUUAAAAAAAUUGCUCUAUAGCAAAAAUGAAUAAUAUGGAAAUAGCUAUCAAGUGGAAACAUUUGUACAACCUAGUGGAAUUGCUUAUUGGCUCUGUGAGGGGGAGGGAAGAGGGGAGAUAAAGUAAAUGAAUCCUGUAAACAUGGAAAUAUAUUUUAAAACUAAAAAUUUUUUAAAAAUAAUUCAUCUGGUCUAAACUCCUCAUAUCAUGGAUGAAAAAGCUGAGAACCACAGAAUAAGAGGCAUGUCGAAAGUGGGGUAAAAAUUAUAGGGGGAUUUGAACCCAAGUUCUCUGACUAUAAAUUUAGGGCUCUUUCCACUGUAUUGUGUUUCCUCCCACUAAGAUGACUUCUAGUUAUUUUGUCUAUUUGAAGAGUAACUUUACCAUGCAUUGGACUACACAGAGUUGAGGAAUAACUAUGUAAUCUAUUCCAAUAUCCAGAAAUUGAGAGAGGAGAUAGAGUCCAACAGGUGCUAGGGAGAGUUUCCAAUUACUUGGUAGAAGAAAAAUAGUAGAAGAGUAUACCUGUUUUCCUGCUCAACUAGUGGAAGAAAGAAAUACCCUCAGGAAAUCUGUAUAUUUAAGCCUCAUCUGCCACUUCCAGUCCAUUUCAAACAACCAGAAGAUUACUUGAUGUCUAUUAGGACAAGGUUCCUCUGCAAUAAGGCUUCUAAUCCCAUUUCUCCUCAUUUUGCCCACUAGUGUCAAAAAAAUCAAAUUUAACCCUUCUUUCACGUGAUAGUCCUUCAAAAACUUGAAGUGACUUGCCUAAAAUCACAUGGUUAAGUCACAGAUCACAAAGAGUUGCAUUACUUUGCUCAUUUCAACACACUUAAUGUUAAUGUCGUAGAGUUGAUUCUUUCUCACUUAAUGGCCUUUAAGAUUCCUUCUGACUCUGAGAGUUAUGAUUCUGAAAGAUAAUGAGAGAUUUUCAUUAUUAUAGUAUUCAAAACAGUAAGAUACUUUAGUGUUCAUGUAGCCAAUUAAUCAAGAAGAAUUUAUUAAUUGUUUUCUGUAUGCCAGGCAUUACAGUAAGCACUAUACUACAAAGAUAUUAAAAAAGUUAAAACACAAUCUCAAGUAACUCAGUCUAAUAGGGAGACAAGAAAAUAACUGUGUGCAAAUAAGAUAAACAGAAUGAUUUGGAAAUACCCAACAAAGAGAAGAGAAUAUCAAGGAGAAGGUUAUUCAUAGUGUCAAAGGAUGCAUUCCAACUCCCUCAUUUUAAAAUGAAGAAACUGAGGUUUAGAGAAAUGAAGUUAUUUGCCUGAAAUCACAUAGAUUGUAAAUGAUUGAAUCUGUAAAUAUCUUAGGACAUAACUUUUUUUUAACCAAAUGACAUCAGGUUAUUUUCAUAAACAUUUUUCCUUUCAUGAGUUCAGAAAUAAUUCUGUUAAUUGACUUUUAACUGACUGGAUUUAUGCUAUUAUAUUAUAGCCUAAUAAAAUGCUACUAAAAUUAAGAUUAAGGUAGCUAAACAUUAAUAAUGUGAAGUUCAUGAUUACUUCCAUUUUUUGGUGGGGAUGGAACUAAUAGCAAAAAUUCUUCUUUGAAGUGAAUUUUCCAGGGUUCCUUGAUCUGGGCUUAGUGUAUGCCUUAAUUAAUUGGUGGAUGACAAUAGUGAUGGACUUGGAAAGAAGCCUGGGAUAGCUAGACUGAAAUCUGGAAGAUUCUCCUGUUUGAUUUCAUCACCACUUGCAUAUUUCCAAUUUGCAAUAUAUUCUGCCAGCUUUGAUUAAAAAUCGAAUGGCUUGGGGAGUUGUGGACAGGAAUUCCUGAUUUUUUCAUGCAGCACUUUAGAGGAGCUGUUUCCAAUUGCUGUUUGACAGCAUCGGUGACUGUAGCAACUCUAAUCCUUUUCAGUUCAGAUGAAUUCAGCUGGCUUGCAUAUGCAGCCUGUUUUCCAUAGCAGUGGCAAAACUGGCUGUGAAAUCAGCUUAUUCUUCCAAAGCUGUAAAGCCUCCUUUUAAAAAGAAUGCUAUCUGCUAUUUGCAAAUGCUAUUUGCAGUACAAAAAGGGGAAAUCUCUUAGAGGAGAAGCUAGCCCAUUGUUUCAACAAAUGCACUUAAUGUACUUUCAGCCUACAAAUACUAUGGUGACUAGACUAUUACAUAAUUUAAAACUGGAACCCAAAUAAUUCUUUGGCUACCUAGUACAAAAAUGUUCUUAUUCCUUGAAGUAGAGAAUGAGAGAAUAUUUGCCAGUAAGCUUCUUGAGGACAGAAAUUAUGUCAUAUAUCUUGGUGUCUAGGCUAGUACUGUCCUGGAAGUAGGUGCCCAAUAAAUAUUUGUUGAUCAAGUGACCAAUAAAUAAUUUAAAGAAAAAUUCCAUACAAUGUUGGAUAUAAUGCUGUCAUAAUUUGUUUUUAAUUUGAGAAUUUUAAUAGGUAUGAAUAUAGUAUUUCUACUACUUUCACUAUAAAGAAUAGAUUCCAUUUCUUAAAACAGCAUUUUAUGUUUCAAUUUUAUUUUUGCAUGGUAAAUUUAUUUUGUAAACAUAAUUUAAUGAGAACCUCCAUUUAUUCUUAAUCCUUUGAAUAAUGAUGGUAAUUUUAAACUAUUUUGGACAAUUGACCUAUACAUAGAAGUGACUGCAAGCUGUAUAAGUUCUUAAGGGAUGCCAUUGUAGUUAUUAUGACAUUAUAACAUUAAUUUUUAUUAGCAUAAUUAGUUAUUAACUUACAUUGUAUUUCAGGAAGAAUCAUAAAGGAUGUCCUAAAAGUUUUAAUGCUGUUUUAUGCUUUAAUAGCUCAUCUUUUAAAUGUCUGAGAAGGUAAAGUAGAAUAGGGCGCAUUGAGGUAUAAAGGGUUCAAAACCAAGCUCUACUUAUUAAGCUCUGUGUUGGUGAUAAUAAUCAUAAUAAUAAAAAUAAAUCCCUAUAGUUCAGUACUGGGGAUGGAAGUGGGAGACAGAAACAAAACAAAAACAUCAAGAAGCAAACUCAAGAUUAAAAUAGAGAAUAAAUUCUGAGUGCACCAGGAAGAUUCCUGGACUGACUUUUUAAAAGACCAUGAAUAGGAGUGGGCAGCCAGGGCAGAGCCAGUGCCACCACGACCAUGAGGCUGGCCAACAUCCUGCUUAUGGGUACACCAGGGGUUGGAAAGACCACACUCGGUAAAGAACUUGCAUCAAGAACAGGACUGAAAUAUGUUAAUGUGGGUGAUUUAGCACAAGAAAGACAGUUAUGUGAUGACUUUGAUAAAGAAUACAAAUGUCCCGUUUUGGAUGAAGACAGAGUAGUUGAUGAGUUAGAAAAUAAAAUGAAAGAAGGUGGAGUUAUUGUUGAUUACCAUGGCUGUGACUUCUUCCCUGAACGAUGGUUUCAUAUAGUUUUUGUCCUUCAAACAGAUAAUUCUGUAUUAUAUACAAGACUUGAAAAGAGGGGAUACAGUGAAAAGAAACUACAGGACAAUAUUCAGUAUGAAAUUUUCCAAAUUCUUUAUGAAGAAGCCAUGGACUCCUACAAGCCUGAAAUAGUACACUGGGCUACUCAGCAAUGUACCAGAAGAACUAGAGAGUAAUUUAGAUCAGAUAAUUAAAUGGAUUGAAGAGUGGAUAAAAGAUAAUAAUUGAACCUUGAGGGGAAAGCAUGGAUUCUUAAGGCUUUCCACAUAAUAGUUAAAGAUUUUCUUGAUGAUCUCUCCUCCCUAUAGAAUAGAAAUUAAGACAACAUACACCCGAUUUUGCUAUCCAAGAUUGCGUUGUAGAAAUAACAGGUGAGCAAAAUAUAAGGUUGAGUUAUGGCUGAAUUAAUUUUUUUCUCCAUAAGAAAACUGAAAAUCCUGAAAUAAAUGAAUACGGUAUUAAAGACUUAGUUUAAGAAUUAAGUUUAGGAAAUACCCAGCAGUCUCAUUUAAUUUGGUAAACUGCUAAAGAGUAAGUAAAUUUGAGAAAAUGGGUGAAAAUCUUUACUUAACAUGCAAAAGAAAAUGAAGGUGAAGAGGAACUGCUGCUGACUUAAAAGUAAAAAAAAAAGUCUAAGAAUAAAGCUAUAAACAUUACAUAUUAAGAGGCAGCUAGGUGGCACCAUGGAUGGAGUGCCAGGCUUGAAGUUCAAAUCUAGCUUCAGACAUUUCCUUGCUGUGUGACUCUGGGCAAGUCACUUAACCCCAAUUGCCUUGCCCUUCUGUCUUGGAGUCUUACUAAGACAGAAAGUAAGGUGUUUUUUUGUUUUUUGCUUUUAAAUGACAUUAAAUGUUCUGUUAGUGAACUGCUGGGGUUUUUUAUUUUUUUUAGUCUUGGAAGUUGGGUAAAAUGAGGAUAGUCACAAAGUAAAUGGUGAGAUUUUUGAGAAAAUAGCAUUUAAUUUUUUUUUUUUAAGUAUAAGAGUUUUACUGAGCUCUUUUGCCUAUAAAGUCACUGCUGAUCCUAGCACUGAUAUUUGUCUCUUUGGAAGAGUAAGCCAAUCACAUUUUCCAUAUAUAAACAGGAAAUAGCAUAAUUCUUCUGUGCACCCAUGGAAACUGUAAAUAUUAAUUUAUUGAUCGACUAAUUUCAAUCUUGCUAAAUUCCAUGAAAAUUCAUGUGAUAAUGCUUUGCUACCUUAUAGGUGGUGGUAAUUAGAUAAAAUUUUAACAUAUAAAGAUUGUGUAUUUAUGAAGAUGUGUUUAAUAUUUUUUAAAAAAGACCAUGAAUAGACUUUUAAUGAAUGCCAGGGACUGUGCUGACCCACCAAUUUGUUUAGUGUCUCAGCCUAUUUGCUUAUUUCUUAAAUAGAAAUCAUAUCUGGGUUAUGUUCUUUACAAUAUCUGUUUGAACAAAGUACAUUGUAAAUCACAAAGCAUUUGUGCUAUUAGGAGUCCAAGUGAAAAAUAUUUCCAAGAGGAGUUGGAAAAAUAUAAAAUGUGCUUUUAUAUUUUCAUUAAUUUAUCAUUUCUUAAUCCAGUUAGAGGAAUGGGAAAGAAUAUUAAUAGGAAUGCUUAAUACUUAUAAAUAAUUAAUGUAGAUUAUAGCAUAUUACUAUGUUAUUAAAUAUUAUGUUAACUGUUAUAUUAUGUCUUAUAAUAUUGUACCAUAAUAUUAUAUUUCUCAUAAUUUCUUACAAAAUAAUGUAAUAUAAUCAAUUAGCUACUAUUUGUAGCAAUUCAAUUCAGUUCAGUAUUUUUAAAGUACCUACUCUUCAAGGAUCUGUACUAAGGGUUUCAUAACUUAUAGUCAGUUGUGGAUAAUUCAACUGAUAUAUAGAUAAGGAAAUAUAGGGGGCAGUUUUGAGGAGGGAGAAGUAAUAACAGCUUUGGAGAUUGAAGGUUUAAUGAAGGAAGUGGCAUCUACGCUAAACUGUGAAGGAAGAGAAUGUUUAUGAAAAGCAGAAAUGUAAUUAAAUUCAACAAGGAAGAGAGAUGUGCAUUAGGACCUAGAGUAGCUUAGAUCCCUCACAAAUACCCCAAUAAAACUAAAAAUGUACCAGAAAUGCCAAUUAUUUUUUAAAAACAAAAUAGUUGUAAGCUCUUUCACACCUGUAGAAAAAGACUACUACAAUCUUGCACAAGCUAUAGAUGCAUACCAAGAGGGUGGAUAGAAGGCAAAAUAGGCAAGUAGCCAUAGCAGAAGAUAGGACCAGUCCAGUGUAAUAGAUAAUAUUGGAGGGCAUAUUUGAUGGAUAAAUGAUAACUAAUAGAUCAUGUAGUUAUCUUCUUUUGCCUACUCUCCUCCCUUUUAUACCUCCCUUCCUCCCUCUUCUAAUCUCCCUUCCUCCCCUCUUUUUCCCUUUAGUUUCCCCUUCCCCCUUCUUCAGCCUCCUUCUAAGUUACUCAGGGUGAGCUAUGAUGUUUCACAGGAAAUACUCCUUUCUCUUCUUUAUCUCAAGUAAGGGUUUAUUGUGGAAAACAGGAAAAGAUCAAGGAUGGAGGUAAGAGGGGUGGAGGUUUCCCUAUUAUCUACAGUGAAUCUUAGGUUGGAGGAUAUUGAGAAAAAUGGUAAUUCAGUCACUACCAUGAAACAGAGCUAGUCAGAGAGACGUAGAUAGACUAUUGUCCUUCUUCUUCUGCCUUCAAAUCAGCCAGGCUACCUCCAACUUGAUUAUCCUAAGUCCCAGAGAUAAACCCAGCUUCUUCCUUCAAAGUCAGUACCAUCAGCCAAAAGCCUAGAAACACCAUCAGCAGUUGGCUCUUGCCUUCAACUGUUUCCUGGUCACAUUCCAAAUGGAAUUUUCCUUUGAUUGACAGCUGAUCAAUCUUCAGCUUCCUGUCUUACUUCUUGUCCUUUUUGCAUGCCUUAUAAUUUCUCUCCUCCAUACUCCUCCCUUUUUGUCUUUUUAAAAAUGCACCCAGCAUUUUUUAACGAUACUUCCCUUGUGGAUAUAUUUUGUUAUAUUUCUAACUAUCUAAUUCUUAACCCUGAUUAAAUAUCCCUUUACCCUCCCAAAAUAAUAAAUCCUAAACUUGUCUUAGCUUUUCUGUCUAUCCAGUUCUAUGCUAAGUUUUGGGUAUAGGAAAAAUGGUUUAGGUAAUAGGGAUUUAUAUAAAAUAUAGUUUUGACAUAAUAACAAAUCAUGGAACAAUUCUUUAGAUAAUCCCAACAAUUUCAACAUCAUUUUGAAUAUGCAACUGUCUUAUCUCCUAAUGUCUAUAAUUCAACUAAGUAAAAUUUCCUAUUACUAUCAAUUGCUAACCUAGAAUUAUAAUAUAAUCUAACUUCUAUACCUAAAUAGUUUUUUAUGUCUGUCCCUACUCCCCUAAGAUUUUGAACAAAUUUUCUAAGCUGUCCCUAUAGUUAGUUAUUAGAAUAUUAAUAAAUUAUUCGAAUAUAGUUUGUUAGUACAUUAGUAUUUAAAUGUAUACAUAGGUUGUAUUACAGAUUUACAUAUAUACAUCCAUAAUACAUUGUUCUAGAUUUCUGUGUAAACUCAUGCAGAUAAGAAAUCUUUGUCUGAGUUAUCCAUAGAAAUUUACCUAUCAGUGUGACUUUUGUGUUUUGCAACUAUGCAUAUGUUGUAUACUUACCCAUUCCAUGAGAUAUCUUCCAACAUUAUAUUUUAGUGUAGUAUGUGUAUGUGUAUAUGUGAUGUUAACAUGUACAUAGCAUUCUUACAUAACCACAUGAUCAUAAGUCCAAACUUUCAAAAUUCUUCCAUGUCCUUUGAUGUUGAUUGUAGAAACUCUGUGUGUUCAGUUCUCUGUCAUCUGGUCAGCAUGCCACUCUUGACUGAUGUCGCUCUUGAUUGUAGUCCUGUGUUCUUUAAUUCAGGAACAAACUGGAACAAUCAGGAACAUUGAAAUUUUUAUUUUGCAUGGAAGUAAGCUAUGACUUAUUCAUGAGUAUCUGUCAGAAUUCAUUAGUUAUUCUUCAUGUGUGGAAGUAAGCAUUACAUAUGUUCAUCUUCAUGAGUGGAAGUAAGCAUUAUAUGUGUUCAUCUUCAUGAGUGGAAGUAAGCUUUACAUAUGUUCAUCUUCAUGGGUGGGUAUAAGCAUAAUAGUAUAAGUUUGUAGAAUUAUGUAAAGAAUAUGAAUUUGAAGUUUUCUUAUCUUUUUGCUGUUUGAAUUUUUUCACAAGGAGAUUUAUUGUAUAUUGUCUUUAGUUAUGUCUGGGAGAUAGAAUUUGGAUAUAAUGUAUUUUGUUUGGUCAUGGAGUUAUGUAUUCAUUUGAAAUCAUUUUGUUUCUUUGUUGUUGCUAUUGUUGGCAGAGACUUUGUAUAGAAUAUGUAGAGACUUUUCUUUGGAGUUAAAUUUUAAAUGCAUGUUUUCCUUUUGUCUGUGUUACUGGCUGUAUUUCUUUCUGGGGUCUAUUUGCUUCAGGGGUGCUUUUCUGUUAUCAUUUUAAUGUGUGCAAUGCUCUCUUGUCUGUACUAUCUGUUGAUAUGUACACUUAUGUGUGCUUUCCUUUGUUUUCCAUAGGGACUGUUAUUUAUUGUUGAUUAUUUUCCUAGGGCUACUCAUGUUGCUUCUCAUGACUAAGGCUUUUUUUUUUCUUAGAUGUCAUUUGUAUGUAUCUUAAUUGAUGACAUGAUCACAUUGUUGUUUCUUGUGAGGUAUUUGAAACUAUGAGGUAAUAUCUUUAUGGUAUACCCUCCCUCUCUUCCUUCCCCUGGUAGAGAUUGUUUAGGGUGAAGGUUGAGAGAUAUGGAUAAUCUGUUUCAGUUCUCAACUAUAACUUGAUGUUAAAGUCUUUGAAAACAAAUUCAUCCAAUGUGAAUCUAUGCUUCCAUAGCAUUCUAGGUGUUUGUGUCUGUCAUUGUUAUGAAGUUGGAGUUUUCUGCUACAAGCUUAGGAGUGUUCUUGUUGUUGUUAAAUCACUUAGUUGUUCUUUUGCUGGAAUAUUUUCUUUUUUACCAAAGACUAGUCUUCAAUUUCAUAAGGUUUUGUGUAGUAUGUUACCCUAUGGAACUCCAACUAAUCUUAGUUUCACUCUUACUGCAUUAAUUGUAUUUGUCAUGUUUUUUUUUAAGUUAGAGAAUAGAUAUGAAAUUGUAUAUCUAUCUCUCCUCCUCCAGUUCUAAAUAUGUUCCUUGAUAUCCUCCUUCCCAUUCAAAAUCCAUAUCUGUACAAGCCAUGUAAUUCAACUUCUCUAUAAAGUCAUCUUCUUAUCAACCCCUAAUCUUGCAUGAAGUUCUUCUAAUGGUAUACAACUUGUUCGGUGCCCAAAGAACAUCUCAUCAUCAUAAUCUUGGUAAGAUUUUGAUUGUACUUUUUUCAGGUAUUCAAUUUUCUCACUUUCUCACUUUCAUCCCCUUCUUUGUCUACCUCUUCAUAAAGCUUAUAAAAUUGGUAAGGCAUUUGUUCUAAAUCAUCUUGGUCCAUUAUUAUUACACCCUGUGGAAUUUCUUCUGACUGUAUCUGAUUCUGACUCACUGAAAUCAGUAAUCCUUAAGUUAUUCAUUGGAUUUUGUUCAAUGCCAUGUAAACUUGUGUCAGAUGUUGUUAACUCUGGCUUUGUGUGUUGAGCUCAGCCUAUGUCACAAGCUUUUAUAUUUCCCAAGUCAGUUUCUGGUUGUUUCUCAUUGCUAAGAUGUAGAUUUUUGUCUUGAGUUGGUAAACUUGAUGGUAUGGGGUUAGUUUCUUCUUGCAGAUAUUCAAUGCCAUUAUUAAUAUUUAUAGAUCCAACUCUAUCAUCAGCUAGAAGGUUUUGUUCAUUUACUCUCUCUUUUGCCUGUGUAGAGAUAGAAAUCUAUCCCUCUGUGAUGUUAUUUUCUUCUGGGAAUGAGUUUAGUACAUCUGCAUUUUCUCCUGCAUCAGUAGGAUGUGUGCCUUCAUUCUUUCCCACAAUACUACAUACAUAUGUUUCUGGCUGUGUAGCUAAGGUGUUUAUAGUUACUGAGUCACUGUUCAUUUCUUUGCUACCCUCUACCAGCUGUACAUUUGGAUCAGUUAACUCUUUUUGAUUUAAAUUAUUUCCUAUGAAAUCUUCAUAUGAGGUUCUAUUCUCAUAUAAGUUUAUCUAGCCAACCUCCCCUCUGCCACAUAGAAUGUUGGCUUCAAGUUUGCCAUUUGAAUCCUUGGUUGUUCUUUCAGUUACUAAGACUUCCAUUCCAUUCCUCUUUUCAAAUUCAACUGUCAUGUCACCUUCAUUACUUUGAAUAGGAUUAUUGUUUUCAAAUGUAAUGUCAGCUUCAUUUUCAGUAAAUUUUGUAUUAUCUAAAUCAGUCAUUGCUGCAUGGAAAGUUUCAGCUUCAGGAUUCAAAUUAGAUGUUGUUGUUUUUUUUUUCCUAAGGGUAUCUGUGCCAUAUAGCUAUUUGAAGAAUUAACUGAGUUUGGUGGGAUGUCAUGCAAUUCUGUGAAUGAUUUCUAAGUAUUUACAUCUUUAGUAACAGUAACCUGUAGGGAAUUGAAAUUUUGUUUCUCUGUAUCUUUCACUAAUUCCUGCUUGAGUUUUUGUGACUUUAUCUGUCUUUUCCUUUUACACAAUUCAAUCUCUGUACCCACUCUGCACUGAAAAAAAGUUCUCCAAGAAUGUUUUGACUUGAUUUGGACUUUUUCCCUGUAUGGUUACUGUACAUUCUUUCUCUAAGUCUCAUCUCUUUUGCUCUUUGAGAAAUGAUUUCUUUAACUUCUGCAUCUAGCUGUUUUACUUGUCUCUGCCUGUCUCUUGAUUUAUUGUAUUUGCUAUCACUCACAGAUUCACUUUCUUGUAUUGAAUUUUCACCAUUUUUUCUAUGUUUUCUAUUAAUUCUAGCAGUCUCUUUUUCACUAUUUCUUCUAUCUCCAUGUACCAAACUACAUACAUUAUAGGCCUGGCUUCAUAAUUCUUUCCUAACCAUGUCUGAAUAUUUAGGUUUGGCUCCUGAUUUAAUAGCCUGUUGCAUUUCCUGUAAAUCAGUUGCCUGUGGGGUGGAUUUUAGAUUACAAUGAGAACAGCAAGUGAAAUUUUGCUUUCUGUAUCUAGCUUGUGUUAUUUUGUUGUUAUUUACUUCAUAUUUCUUUUUCAGAAAACAGUCUUUUAUCAGGUGUCCUUUCUUAUGACAGAGUUUCUCUCUGUACUGUUUUUGGUUUAUAAGUAGGUUUUGUGUAAGUUCUAAUAGCAUUCAGUUUCUUGAUUUCCUCAAUCUCCUUUUUUCUUAAAAUUUUCUCUGGUACCUCUAAGUUUUCCUUUAAAUCUUGCAUUUGUUUACUUUGCUCUGAAUAAUUUUCAUGAAGGUAACUGGCAGUUUCACGUAAUUCAAUCAGACUCACAGUAUCAUACUUUGGGAAGUAAUGUUUAAAAUUUUUUUUCAAGUGAGAUAUGCAUCCUUUCUAAAACUGUCUUCUCACGUGGUUUAUAGACUCCUCAUUAUUUGCCUCUAAACCCAUAAUUGAUUCAGCUAUUUCAGAGAGACGAUCUAUAAAUGAAGCUGGAUGUUCCCCUUUAUUUGGAUGAGUUUGUCAAAUCUUGCCCAUGCAUUAGGCUUUGAACAACAGAGCUUAAUAGCUUGGAGCAAGUCUUCCCUACAUUUCCUUAAGUAGGUCAUGCUUGUAGGAUUUGCAAAAUCAAGGUCUUCCUUUUGCUCCUCAGUGGGCCAACUAGUCAGGUUGUUUUCUGACCUGGUCUUUUCAAUGAAUGGCGAUGCUCAUAGGGACUAAACAGUUCAGAUGAGAGAUUCCACAUCUUGGAAGUCUGGGUCAAAGAUCCAGAAAGCACCUUUGAGUCACCUUGGAUAGGGCCCACACCUGCAGGCAACAGGGCUCAUUGCCUAGCAAAGGCUGCAGCCAACUCAUCAUAAGCCACUAUAGGAGUCAGACACAGACCAGUGCCCAGUUAAGGUCUAAAUGAUCCAUUCUUAAAACAGACCCCAGGUGGCUUGGACCCGAACCAUAGAGCAGACAAGACCACAGCAGUGCAAGUUCCAUCAGCAGGGGAAUGGGCCAAUGUAACACCGGUAAAGCAAAGUACCUUCGGUCUUGCUGGAGGCCUGCCACUAGCACUGUCAGCAUUUGAUUAGAAGUAUGACAAGGGCCCACACCAGCUCUAUGUAUGGAACUUCUCAAGAAAAAGGAGCCAAGAUCAAAAUCUGAGUUAAGGAGACAAGAAAAUAGCCCAACAAAGGAGUUCUUACAGAACACACAUCCUAGUCUUCACCACCAUGUCCAGGUCCAACCAGAGCCUGCCCAUACCAUACAGUCCAAGAGUGCAGGAGGAGUCUGAUCCACCUAUAAAGUCCUACUCCAGAAACUAAGGUUGAAGAUAUAAGUAAUCAGAAGAAACAUGCUGAACACAAGAAAUACUAUGGACUGAGAAAUGGCAAAGAGGCAAAUUCAGAAGAGAGUAGCCCAGCAAUAAGCCCAAGCAGAGCCUUAUAGAAAAGAAUGUUAAUUCAGCCAAACAAGUGUUCAUUGAGGACCUCUACUAUGUAAGGAACUGUCCCAGGGAACUGGGGAUACAAAGACAAACUGUAAAAUAGCUCUUGUCUUUGAAGAACUAUUGUACUGGAAGUGAAGGAAUAUUUUUCAGGCUCUGAGGGAUAGUGUGAUUAAUAACACUGAUGAACUUUAAUGGAGAACGUAAGGAAUGUCUGUUGGAUCAGUUUUGCAUGAAUAGAAAUAAUAGGAAAUAAAUCUGGAAAGAGAGAAAGAAGUCAGAUUGUGGAGAGAUGGAGAAGGGUAGCUUUAAACACCAGGUAGACAUUAGCAUUUUGCCAGAGGCAGAAGAAAACUACUGAAAAUAUUUGAGCAAGGAAGUAAAAUGGUCUGCUCUAUACCUUAGGAAAAUUAUCCUAGAAGUCAUGUUGAGAGUGAAUUGUAGAGGAAAAACUCAGGAAUCUGGGGAAAAAACCCUAUUCCAAUGAAGAAGUGAUGAAUGUUUGAUAAAGGGUGGUGAUCCUGAGAUUAGGAUAAAAAAGAGGACCGAUAUAAAACAUGGAGCUAGAAUCCACAUGUGGGGAGAGGUGAGAAAAAGGAAAGAGACAAGGAUAACUUUAUGGUUGGAAACUUGGUACCUAGGAGAAUGUUGGGAAACUCAACAAAUAAAGAAGGUGGAAGGAAUCAUAGGGAUAAAAUGGAGACAGUUUUAUUCUAUACCUUUUGUGUUUGAUAUGCCAAAAGAAAUAUCUAAGUGAAGAUGGCCAGCUCAUUACCUGGCACUAUAGGACCCAGGAUCUUGAAAGAAAUUAGAACAAAAUGAAUAGAUUUGGAGGAUAUCUGUAUUUGGCAAAGUCAGUAGUAUUCUCAUUUUAGAGUUAUGAAUAUAAAGGUAUAGAAUGGCAACCCUGAUAUUAAGCAAAAAAAAGAACAUUUCUAUUAAAAAAUGAGUUAACAAAUAAGUUAAUGUUUAAGAUAUUUUAUAAAAUAAACUAAAAUUAGAUUAAUCCAAAAUAAUACCUUAUUUAAUUUUUUAAGUGAUAUCGGCCUGCUCAGAUCCAUCAUUUUGACAUAAAGGUGACCCUCGAUUCUUGAAGGUUAAGACAGUGGAAUAUAAGUUCUUUCAAGGUAUGCCAUUCUGUAAAGUUUGAAUAUGGUACUGGCAACAAAUUAACUCGGUUUUUGAAGAAAAAGCCCACCUAAAUGCAGAAAGGUUCACCACCAGUAAUCUAGCUUCUUGAUGAUGAAACAAAAUAAAAUGGAAAAUUGCCUUUAGACCCCUGGAUGACUAGCAAAGUGGAGGCAAAGAGACAGAAGCCUGAAGAAUCAGAUGGCUUUUAGAGUUAUAUAAUCUACAAACCUGACCAAUUAAUAGAUAUUCCACUGAAGGAACAUUUAUAUAGCACUUACUAUGUGCCAGGUACUGUGCUAAACACUAUAAUUAUUAUCUCAUUUGAUUCCUUCAACAACCCUAAGAAGUAAGUGCUAUUAUUAUACCCCUUUUACAUGUGAGGAAACUGAGGCAAACAUAUUUUAAGUCACAGCUUCAGAUAUUAUCUUCACAUUCUUGACAAAUAAAACUAGAAAAAGGAAGCUGCAGCUUUUAAAAGGAAGGACAGCUCACAAAUUCCCGUUAAAGUACCAAAUAAAGUAAUUAAUGGAUUUGUUUUUAUUAUCCAUCCAAAAGCCACAAGACAUUAUUUUAUGAGACAUUUUGUCAUUUCAUAUUGAUAGUACCUCAUGAUAAUAUUUCAAAAAGACCACCAGGAAAGUAAUUGCAGCUUAUUGACCCUUUCUGGCUGAGGAUGAGGAGGGAGAGAAAUUUGAUAACCUUAGUAAGAUCCUCUAAAUUAAAUCAUUGUGUACUUUAGUACUUCAGUGCAAAAGCAGAAAUAGAUGAUGGUAGUGAAAGCUAUAUUGAAAAAUAUGAACCACAGGAAUAAGAUAUAAAAGAGAACAAGGAUUUGUUGAUUAUACAGAAGCCUUAUUACUCAUCAUGAAUUCUUCCUUUGAGAAAAGAGUGAGAAGAUGCUGUAUAUGGUCACCACCAAAUAAUAUCACAAAAAUAAAACUAAGUUAUUGUUAUUAAGAGAUAGAAAAUUCCUCAUAUAAGAGUUAUACUUGAGUCAGGUGUCUGUGUAUAUUUCUCCAACUGACUUCUUAUGGCAAAGAUCAAAAUUAGUCCAAAGCUAGAAGAAAGAAUAAAAAUAAGUAAAAUGUAUGUUUAUAAUCAAAACAACCCCAUCCUGAGGUAUUUGAACAAAAUUAUGACAAGUAAGGUAGAGACUGAAGAAAUACUAUAGACAUUGACUAUAAUAAUUUUACAUGGAAAUUUGACUGAUAUACAUGAAAAGUCAUAAUGAGGAAACCAAGAAACCCAUAAAAAUAACUUUACCAAAAAAACAUUUUACUUACUUUAGCCAAGUUGGGCCUCUAACAUCAAAGGCUCAAAUGUAAUUAUAGAAGGAAAAGCAACUGGAUUAGACCAAGUUUACAUAAAAGAGAAUCAGGUUAGAGGUGUCACAAUUGUGAAGGCUUUGAGAGGUUGAUUCACAAAUUAUCAUUAGGAAGGCAUGAUAUCAAAAGGUAGUGUUGAGGACAGCUGGGUGGCUCAGUGGAUUGAGAUCCAGGCCUAGAGAUAGGGAGUCCUAGGUUCAAAUCUGACCUCAGACACUUCCUAGCUUUGUGAACCUGUGCAAGUCACUUGACCCCCAUUGCCUAGCUCUUACCACUCUUCUGCCUUAGAACCAAUACACGGUAUUGAUUCCAAGACAGAAGGUAAGGGUUUAAAAAAAUAGUGUAAAUUCAUUGUAUGAGAGGCUACUUUUCCAUCUAUGUAAGAAUUUUACAUAUUCAUCAAAAGAACCCUUGAUAAGAGUAUUAAAUUAGGAAAGAGGUAGAUUUUUUACCCUAAACAACAUCCAUACCUUCAUAAAUUGACUGAAAAAUGAAGGAAAUAAAAGAUUCCACUAUGCUUAUUGUUAGUUGAUUAUUGAAGAAAAUAUUUUAUUGAAUUAGAAACAAUGUGCCUUCCAUUGUAUGUCAGUAUUUUUCAAGAUUUGUUUAAAGAUAUAACAAUAAAGGUAAACAUAAAGACCAAUUAAUCCUAAAUUCCAGAUGAUGUAAAAUUAGGUGAUAUAAGUUUGAAAAGAUACUUGUCACUGCCAUGAAGAAAAUCCAGCACAUCCUUUACAGUGAGGUCCUUUAAGAUGCUACUAUUUGUUGUUGGCAACUUGCUUGUUACAUCAAGCCCUAGCAUUAUAGAACUUCUUGGAAAAAUCUGUAAUGUUUAUUCUUUCAUUCUAAGAUAAACUCCAGGUAAUGCUCUAUAGUGUGUUUGUACAUAGCCGUUUAUACAUUAUGUCCUUAAUUAAACUAUGAAGUCUUUGAAAGCAAGGAGUGUUUUUUCCCUUUCCAUUGUGUUCCCAGCAUAUAGCACACAAUAGAUUCUUUAUAAAUGCUUACUAAUAAGACAUCUUCUAACUACUUGAAAGUUUUCCCUCUAUAUUCAGGAAAAAACAAGUGGAUGAAGAAUAUCUAUUGUCCAGAUUGUAUUAUACAGUUUGAUACUUUAUAGCUAACAAUCUCUCUUGAAAUCCAUUGCUCAUUUUAUUGUACCAGGUUGCCUUCACAAAGAACUAAAAUAAAAGAUGUUAGACAAAUGUAUAAUCAAGCAAGAUGCUGUCCUGGUCAUGUAAGGGAUCACCAAUAGACAGCUUUUUAUGUAUGACUAUCUGUCUGUCUGUCUGUCUCUCUCUCUGUCUCUGUCUCUGUCUGUGUCUCUCUUUCAAGUCACUUAACCUGUGCCUGCUUCAGUUUCCUCAAUUAUAUGACAAAUGGGAAUUAUAAUAGCACUUGCUUUACAAAGUUGUUAUAAGGAUCAAAUAAGAUAAUAUAAGUAAAAUGCUUAGCACAGAACCUGGUUGACAGAAGAAGAUUUAUAAAUGCUGAUUAUUAUCUAAAUCUAUAGAUAUCUGUAGUUUUAUAUGUGAUAGUACAAAUGGACAAGUUGGAACCAGAACUAAAGAGGAAGAGGAACAUGGAACUGAAUUACCUCUAGAAAAUUCCAUGAUCCUUUAACUUCUCCCAGAAGCAAAAGUCCAUUUAAAAAAAUGCCAAUAUUCUUCCACUAUUAUUGUUUGACUCAGUCAUGGAACAAAAUGUCUUUAAAGAAUCAAAAUGAGUAUCACCAAUGGAGAGGGGCAGAGUAACUUUGAACAGACUGUAACACAUAAGACUGAAGCAUUAUGGGAGGGUAGAUGUAGAGCUCGAAGAGACUUUACAGACUAUCUAUCUAGUCCAAUCCCCCUUUUUAAAAUGAGUAACUGAGAACAGGAAGGGUGAAAUAAAUUACCCAAGGUCUCAUAGCAGAAUAUUGUCCACCAUUUUUACUCUGAUUUGAAAUCCAUUGCUCAUUUUAUUGUAACAGGUUGCCUUUACAAAGAACUAAAAUAAAAGAUGUUAGACAAAUGUAUAAUCAAGCAAGAUGCUGUCCUGGUCAUGUAAGGGAUCACCAAUAGACAGCUUUUUAUUGCACUGAUAACCUCUUUAUGUCAGCAAAGUAAGGAAAGAUUCCAGAACAUUGGUGAGAGGUCCUGUGGUGAACUCAUGUAUGAACAUAGACAAAGGCUACACAAAAUGAGCAAGCAUUUCUGUAGUAAAAUUGCAUAUUUGGAGAUGAUAUACAAAUCAAUGAAAUCGCAAGUACAGUUUUUAAUUUCAAAUCAAUAAAAGUUAAUUCUUUUUUGGAUAAAAGCUACUUUUUGUGUUCUUUCCCCCUCUUUUUAUUGCAUCCUGUUUGCCAAUUUGCAGAUAUGCUUAAGCCUUUAAAAUAACUUCUGAAUGUCACUUUUUAACAGACUGACUUAAGAGUUUUUAUACCCAGAAAGAUAAUAAUGCAGCUGUUAGUAAAGGUAAAAAUUCCUGGCUUUUAGUUCAGUAUUCAGAUUACAAAAUUACCCAGCUUGUUUACUCUUGAGGAGACAUUCAUUCUUAUUCAGGAUAAUCUUUUGUUCACAGCCUCAGAUAUCAAUUGUUUGGUGAGAAAUAUAAAAUCCACGAUAUCCAAAUUUUAACUGAUAGAACCCUGUGUUCUUGCUAUAUGCCUUUUUAAGAAUCCCUUGUUUAUUAUUAGUCCCUUUUAUUUAGUGUCUUUGAGUUUGCUAAGUAACUUCAACUUAUGCUGCUUAUGCUUCAACAAAUGCUGUUUAGAUUGGAUCUAUAAUUGAGAAUAGUAUCUGAUAAACCUUUUGUUAAAAAUAAUAAUGACUUGGGUGCCUGGUGUACUUUUGAAAAUUAAUUGAUUUGCCAUUUGGGUGAGCAAUGACAUGUAUACCUUGUAGGCAAGAACCAAUGUAAUUAAAAAUUAUAAAAUAAUAAAAUAUUAGAGCUAAGAUUAGAUCUACUUCUCAUCAUCCUUAGUUUUAGAUUUGAGUCAACAAGAGUUUAUAAGCUCUUAGUAUAGGUGGUGCAGUACAUAGAAUAGCAGGACUCAAAUCAGGAAGACUCAUCCUCCUGAGUUCAAUUCUGGCCUCAGACAUUUACUGUGAUACUGGGCAAGUCACUUAAUCUUGUUUGCCUCAGUUUUCUCAUCUAUAAAAAAUGAGCUGGAGAAGGAAAUGGUGAAAAAUUCCAGAAUCUUUGCCAAGAAAAUCCCAAGCUGAGUCACAAAAAUUUGGACACAGCUGAAAUGACUGAACAACAAA